GAAAACGAAAAUAUUGGGUCAGUCCAAUAUUUACUAUUGAACGACGAUUAGCACAAGGAGCAAGCGAUAAUCUCGUUAAUGAACUGGAACAACAAGAUCGUGAAAAAUUUGUUAAUUAUUUCCGAAUGGAACCUGCAUUUUUUGAGAAAUUAUUACAAUUGAUCAGACCAUCGAUUACUAAACAAUCUGUAGUUCGAGAAGCUAUUUCACCUGAAACAAGAUUGCAUAUAACCCUCAGGUACUUGGCAUCAGGAGAUAGUAUGCGAUCAUUAUCGUAUGCCUUUCGUGUUGGACACAAUACCAUCUCUAAAAUAGUGUCAGAGACAUGCGAAGUCAUUUGGGAGUGUUUGAAAGAUACUGUUUUUAUAAAAAAUAAUGAAAACAGCUGGCAAAAUGUUGCCAAUGAUUUUGAACGGCUUUGGAAUUUUCCUAAUUGCAUCGGAGCCAUCGAUGGAAAACACGUAAUCUUACAGGCUCCACCGAAUUCCGGUUCGACAUAUUUUAAUUAUAAAGGAAACCACAGUAUUAAUCUCCUAGCAAUUAGCGAUGCCAAAUAUCGCUUUAUUAUUGUCGACAUCGGAGGUGAAGGCAGACAAAGUGACGGAGGAGUUUUUCGGAAUAGUCUUAUUGGACAUUAUUUCGAAAAUGCUUCAUUAAAAUUGCCAAAUCCUAAGCCAGUUGAGAUUGAUGGACCAGCUCUCCCUUAUGUACUGCUAGCAGAUGAGGCCUUUCCUUUGACAAACUUCAUGAUGAGGCCGUACCUCCGGAGUGGUAGACUAAAUCUACCAAAAAAAGUAUUUAACUACAGACUCAGUCGAGCAAGAAGAGUAGUAGAAAGUGCUUUCGGGAUAUUAGCGGAAAGAUGGAGAAUCUACAGAAAGCCAAUAACAUCAAGUGUUGCUAAUUCGAAGAAAAUUGUGCAAGCAACAAUA